UUGGAGAAGGAACAAAAGUUUUUAAUUGCAAAUUCUUCGAAGAGCUCUUGUUCAGAAAACAAUUCAUUGUUAUCGAUAAUGGCUGAAGACUCAAUCACCAUCAAGAUGUGGGCAGUUUUUACAGCUCGAGUUAAUGUGCUCUACUCGAUAAUCUACAUAUUCAUCAUAUUCAUCAGUGCCUUGAAUCAUACGAUAUCACGCGCAAUGCUAGUAAUUUGGCUUACAGUCUAUGGUUACAACAUAUCGAUAAACUUUUAUUUUGCGGGAUGCAAACGCGAUUGGACGAAGUCCGAUGCGGUAUUUUGGUUUUUUGCAACGUUAAUUUUAUUGGUUGCUCGACUUUUGGGCACUAACUAUCGCAACUUAAGUGGCGGAAUGCUGGCUUUCGCAAUAAUUGUUAAUAUUUUUCUUGUAUUUUCAAUUAUAAUAUCAAUAAUAUUGGGUUAUAAACUGAACAAACCAAAGGCAAACACUAAGAUCUCCAAAAGCUAUGACCCAGUUGACAAUAGAAUAGUAAGUGUCACAACGGAUGAAACAAAUAUUGAAGAUCUAUCAGAUAAUCUUCGUUCCGCUAUAGGCUCAUAUCAUACCAACUUGCACAGUGAUUCUCCCACUGGUGUUGCUAUAGGUUCAAGUUCUAGCAACUUAAAUUAUGAUUCCCAGAUUGUUUUUGGUACAGCUCCAACUUUGAAUGACUUAAACAACGAUCCCCAGAUUAAUUUAGCUAUAGCCCCAGAUUCUAGCGACUUAAACAAUGAUUCUCAUAAUACGGAUAGAUCAUCUCAUAUUAACGUUAUUGUUGAUGUGAAUGAUCCUCCUCCAAGCUACGAUUAUGUUAUGACUCCUAAGAAUGAAAAAGAAAAAGUAAAAAACUGUAUUAUUUAAUACUGAUAUUACAACAGCUAUAGUAAUUGAAUAUGUACUUUUAAACGAAUUGAUUAACUAAUACCUCGAUAUACUAUAUUGGAUAGACCAUGAACAAUAAUGAACCUGCAAAUCAAAGAAUAGCUAAUAAUAAUACUUAUACGAAAAUUGUGUUAAAUAUGCCAUGGAGAAUAAUCAACCUAAAAGCCAAAGCAGGAAUAUACAUAAUUAUAUUAAUCUGUAUAAAAUUAACCCUUUUUAAAAAUUCAUAAUGUCACGAUGAUAAAAUGUUAAUUAUAAUACAGGCAGCAAUCAAUACGGCUGAUGACACAGAUAAUACAAAAUCAAAUUGAAAUGAGCUUUUUAUCAAUACUCAAGUACUACUUCAAUCUCAGUUGUGAUUAACUUCACAACUAACAAAUAUAAUUUACGAGUAAACUGCCAGACACUCUGCGAAUGAGUGUAUUAACUUAUCUCAGGUUUUACAACAGAAA